AAGUUUGAUCAAUCACAGCUCUUCUUCUCCUACAGAGAGCCAAUCACAGGCGGGUGAGGGCGGGCGUUACCUCAGAUCGUAAUGGCGGAGCUGAAGGAGGCGGAAGCUGCUCCGCGUUACCAGGAGGACGCAGAAAUCACACGGGGCGAUGGUGCAGCUGCAGCCGGGGCCCAAGCAGCCACUCGCUCAGCGGAGGACCAGGCGGCUGACGACCACGAUGCCAAACCCUCCACCACCACCUCGGAGAGACACGUGUCCAUCCAGACCCAGCUGGACGGCCUCGAGGUGCUGGUGGACCUGAACGGAGCGGGACGCAAGUCUUGUCCUCUGUGUCCGGAGGAGAAGUUCAAAGCUUGUUACAGCCACAAGCUGCGUCGCCACCUGCAGAACCUCCACUGGAAGGUCUACGCUGAGUUUGAAGGCCAGAGGAUGUGUAUCUGCCACUUGCCCUGCAGGAACCUGAAGCCCGGCCUGACUGGAGAUCAGGCCUCAGGACGCCACGUGGCCCACUACCACUGUGUGGUCUGCUCCGUCACCAUCGCCCGCAAGACCGACAUGAUCAGCCACCUGAAGCGCCACGUCAACAAGGGCGAGACGGAGGCCAGCUACAGCGGCUGCUCCGACCUGCCAGUGGAAGAGCCCGCUCCCUCUGGUCAGGCCUUUGAAAUCAUGAAAGAACUUGGAACGAACGUGCAGCUCCUCCCCAACCACACCACCCCCCAGAAGAGCGACACCUACUUCAACCGCAAGAUGAAGGCCAACAGGCAGCUGGUGUUCUGUGCGCUGGCCGUUCUGGCCGAGGAGAGAAACCCGCUGGAGUGUCUGGACGCGUUCGGAGCCACAGGGAUCAUGGGCCUCCAGUGGGCCAAGCACCUGCGUCAGGCCGUCAAAGUGACCGUGACGGACAUCAGCGACAUCUGCGUCAAAAUGAUCAAAGAGAACUGUGAGCUGAACCACAUCCGAGUGGAGGGGGGGGCGCGAGGCCCCCGGGGGCCCGAGGGGGGCGGCAGCGAGGAGGAGGGGACGCCCAUCGCCACGGUGGAGGUCGUCAAGAUGGAUGCCAACGUCAUCAUGCACCUCCGGCCCUUUGACUACAUUCACCUGGAUCCGUUCGGCACGGCGGUGAACUACCUGGACGCCGCCUUCAGGAACGUGCGGAACCUGGGCAUCGUGUCGGUGACGUCCACGGACACCGGCUCGCUGUACGCCAAAGCUCCCAACGUCACGCUGCGGCACUACAGCAGCCACAUCGUGCGCACCGAGUACUACAAGGAGCUGGCUGCUCGCAUCGUGGUGGCCACCGUGGCACGGGCGGCGGCUCGCUGUAACAAAGGCAUCGAGGUGCUGCUGGCGGUGGCGCUGGAGCACUUCGUCCUGGUGGUGGUGAGGGUCCUCAGGGGCCCCACGCAGGCCGACGAGUCCGCCAGGAAGCUGCGGAAGCUGGUCCACUGUCAGUGGUGCGAGGAGAGGGUCUUCCUCAAACUGGGGAACAUGGUGGACGAAACGCUGCCCUGCAACUGUCAUGGAAGUCUGCCUGGGAAGACGGCUGUGUACCUGGGACCGCUAUGGGCUGGUCCUCUGUUUAACACAGGCUUCCUGAGGAGGAUGCUCUCGGCGGCGGUGCAGCACAGUAUGGACGACAUCCAGCCGCUCGUCAAAACUCUGAUCUGCGAGUCCGACUGCACGUCCCUCAAGUCUCUGAUGCACGGACCGUCCGCCUUCAACCAGGUGGAGUGUGGAGUCGUGAUCAAGACGUUACACAGCGGAGAGGAGUCGGGUCCUGAUCAGUCCGGGAAGAGGAAGAGCGGCGAGGAGUCGGGGAACCCGGUGAAGAGGCUGAAGUCCGACGCGUCUCUGGAACAUCCGCCGUUCUACUACAGCAUCCACCGCCACAGCAUCCGGGGCAUGAACAUGCCCAAGCUGAACAAGUUCCUUCUGUACCUGAUGGAGGCCGGCUUCAGGGUGAGUCGGACCCACUUCGACCCGACGGGGAUUCGAACCGACGCCAAGCUGGAGCAGUUCAAGUCAGUCCUCACGAAGUACAGCGUGCCUACGUACACCAGCGCCACGCAGACGAGCCUGAGCUCAGAGAAAAGAACCUGAGAGUCCAUCUCUGCUCACCAGGUUCUGCACUGACCAGAGACCAGGUUCUCCUCUCAUGUGAUUCAACAGAGCAAAGAAACUUUCUUCUAUUUAUUUUGCAUUUCUCAGAUUAAUAUGGUACAGGUUUGAUUGUUUCUGGCUGGUUUAUUGUGGUUUUAUUUCUUUUGCCUUUUAAACAAUAAAAGUCUUUGUUCCCAGA